AUGUCAAAGUAUCUAGUUGACUGCACAGCCCAGGCUGCUACCACGGUGAAGCUGAGCACAGAGGUCAAGCAGAGGAUGCAGCAGCUCUUAAAGUGUGUCCAGUUUGCCAUCCAUUGCAUCUUUAUUCAACCCAUGAUUUACUUGGGAAUUAAAAGGGGUGCAGAUCCUAGAAUGCCUAAAUCAACUAUUUUAAGUUUACUCUGA